AUGAAGUUUCCAACUAAGUUCAGAGUUAACGAAGUCAGAGGAGACCAAACCUUGGCACAACAGUGCUACACCAUCGCACUUUGUGGUGCAGAAUCUUUUGAAGCUUACCUAGUAGACGAACUGGAUGUCCAAGAUGAGCUAUCCGAAAAAUAUGGAAAGCCAGUGGAGGAUCUAGAGACGAUCCUACUAAAUGAUGGCCAUGUAAUAAAGGGAUGGGAUCAAGGUAUCAAGACGAUGAAGAAGGGUGAGAAUGCCAUCUUCACCAUCCCUCCUGAGUUAGCUUAUGGUGAAUCUGGCUCCCCCCCUACCAUUCCACCCAAUGCCACACUCCAGUUUGAUGUUGAACUAGUUUCCUGGUCAAGCAUUAAGGAUGUAUGUAAAGAUGGAGGCAUUAUCAAGAAGAUCUUGAAAGGAGGAGAAAAAUGGGAGAAUCCUAAGGAUCUUGAUGAAGUAUUUGUGAAAUAUGAGGCUCGGCUUGAGGAUGGAACUAUAAUAUCCAAAGCUGAAGGAGUAGAGUUUACUGUCAAAGAUGGAUUUUUCUGUCCUUCGAUGGCUAAAGCUGUGAAAACCAUGAAGAAGGCUGAAAAGGUGCUGCUUACUGUGAAGCCACAAUACGCAUUUGGUGAGAAGGGUAGAUCGGCUUCUGGUGAUGAGGGUGCUGUGCUACCAAAUGCUAUCCUUAGUGUGGAGCUUGAAUUAGUCUCUUGGAAGACCGUUACAGAGAUAGGGGAUGAUAAGAAGAUCCUUAAGAAAAUUAUUAGGGAAGGAGAGGGAUAUGACUGCCCAGAUGAUGGUGCAGUUGUGACAGUGAAAUUAAUCGGGAAGCUUCAAGAUGGUAUGAUAUUCGUGAAGAAAGGUUAUGAUGAUGAAGUGCCAUUUGAGUUCAAGACUGAUCAAGAACAAGUUAUUGAUGGGCUUGACCAAGCUGUGAUUACCAUGAAAAAGGGGGAGGUUGCUCUCAUCACGAUUCCACCUGAGUAUGCAUUCUCUUCCACUGAAUCAAAGCAAGAUCUUGCAGUGGUUCCACCAAACUCUACGGUAACUUAUGAGGUUGAGCUUGUGUCCUUUGUGAAGGAGAAAGAGUCUUGGGACAUGAACAAUGCAGAGAAGAUUGAAGCAGCUGGUAAGAAGAAACAAGAAGGAAAUGCAGUUUUCAAAGUGGGUAAAUACAUAAGAGCUUCCAAGAGAUAUGAAAAGGGGGCGAAGUUCAUCGAGUAUGAUAGCUCUUUUAGUGAUGAGGAAAAAAGGCAAUCAAAAGUGCUGAAGAUUACAUUUAACCUCAACAAUGCUGCCUGCAAGCUUAAGCUCAAAGACUACAAGCAAGCAGAGAAGCUUUGCACAAAGGUAUUACAACUGAACUCGAGCAAUGUAAAAGCAUUGUACGGAAGGGCCCAAGCUUAUAUUCAGCUUGCUGAUUUGGAUUUGGCAGAGCGGGACAUUAAGAAAGCUCUUGAAAUUGAUCCAGACAAUAGGGAUGUGAAGUUGGAAUACAAGACUCUGAAGGAGAAGGUGAGGGAGUACAACAAGAAAGAAGCCAAAUUCUAUGGGAACAUGUUUGCCAAGAUGAGCAAAUUAGAACAUACGGAAGCCAAUAAGUCCGCUCCAAAGCCGGAGGCGCAGCCUAUGAGCAUUGACAGUGCAGCUUGAGUUUAUAAUGAAGCCGAGUCAGUAUCCUCAGGGCAUUGCUGAUUCCUUCCAAGUUCAUUAGCUAGCCGACAACACCUUACCGCAUUUUGAUCCAGCUGUGCCGGUGCUUGUGGAGACAAUGAGUUGACUUUGCAUGCGCCAUAGCCACAAUAUUGAUGGUCAUUGCCAAAUUCUUCAGCUACGUGACGAUGCUCUACCACAUCUCAGUUAUGUGCCCAGCACAUCGAUUAAUGGCUGCUCACUUACACAACAUGCUGGUGAGGAGCUAUCUAUUCCAAGCCAGGACAUUGCUGGUUCCUUCCAGUUCAUCAGCUAGCCGAUGAUGUCUUACCAUUGUCUGACUCAACAAUUCCAGUGCUUGUGGAGAUGAUGGAAGGUUCAGAGCAUGUGUGAAGGCUAUAUCGAUGCACAGUAUUCCAGCAUUGCUUCUCUCCAAAAAUUAUGCAUGAUGGUGAUGAGGAGAAUGAGGAGAUGGCCACAUUACUUGGGUCAUUCCAUGGAGAUCUCCCCAUGCCAUCUAUUGAUGACAUACUCCAAUAGUUGGUUGAUGAUCGCUUUUAUGCAUAGCUUGUUUGUUUAUUUUAUAAAUCUUAGUCAUCCUAGAUUUGCUUCACAUUACAUUCCUUGAUAAUUCUAUACAAUAUAAAAGCAAAGCACCUCGCUA